AUGAAGCUCUACCUAUCAACAACCCUCUUCCUCACCACCGUCCUCGCCUGCGAUUUCCUCGACAUCGGCAAAGACUGCCAUUGGGAAGGAAGCGCACCAUCCUGCGGCAGCGUCGAUCACGAUAUCGGCUACCUCGACCCAGCAGGCCGAACCCUAGUUGACUGGACGCGAGGAUCGAGCCUGGAAGCAUUCUGCGCAGCGGAGAAGAGAGACGGCGGCAACUGCUGCGCCGCCUAUGGAAAGGGCUGCGUGAGCGGGUAUAAACGGCUCUGGUGCAAGAACUACCGUGCGGGUAAUGUUGCGCAUCAUGUUGAUGCUGUUGUGGAUGAUGCGCUUCAUACUGUUGAUCAUGUUCUUGAUGAUGUGUUUCAUUGA